AUGCCGCCGAAUAGAGCAGCUCCAGAGGAGUACUUUACGCAAUGGUGCAACGGUAACUACGAGUUGAUGCACAGUUGCUUGCAGCAGCUGUGCAAGGCGGAUUAUUGGCGUAAAGCUGAGGACUUGAGUUGUGAUAGCGUUGCCCCGGCUGGUGGCUUCUGGUCUCGUUUUUGGCAUGGUUCGAGGUCCCGUGAUGAUGAAAGCAAAGAUUCACCUACCGUACGACCUAAAGCUGGCGUUUUACCAGUUUCUAGGGAAGGCGGGGAUGCUGAUGUUCGUGGCUCACGGGCAUCGGGACAAGCUCCUUUCCCGUCUGAAGGCCAUGUAAGUGACGACGCUUUAGAAAAGUUGCGUUCAAGCGUCGUCGCGGGGUUCAGACAAUUCCCGUUUUACCGUCCCCACCUAAUUCCUAAUCGCAAGGUUUCCGUGGGUUUAGAUAACAUUCGCAACUAUAUCCGAGAGAAAUUCGCGGACCUGGAAAGAAGUAUAGACGAGGUUGAUUCUUUCAGUAUGCUUUCCAAUGUGGAUCAAUAUCUGUGUUGCGAGUUGCUAUAUGAGGGUAUAUGUUAUUACAGCGACGAAAGUCAGACCAUGUCAGAGUUUACGAUAAUAGAGAACAUGUUAUAUGCUCAAUCAGAGUACCAGUUAAGAUGUUUGAAAUUGUUGUUUCGUUUCAUCAACGGUGGUAAAACGCUUUCGGAUUCCAAGGUUUGUGAGAAUGCUGUUUUCCCUGAAUGUGUGACGAUAUUGAGAGAGUUGUUGUCCAAGGGUUUGAUAAAAAAUGUUCUCCUACUGCUGAUGUCAUCUACAAAGGAGGCAUGUAGGUACAAAACCAUGUUGUCUGGCGACAGUUCCUCGGCCGUGAAGACCUUGUACGAUCACACUGUUGACCUAGUCAACAGCCUGUUAGGUUUACUUGAAGAAUGCUUCCUUCGUUUUCAACCUGCAAGAGACGACAUAAAAGGACUUAUCAUGCUGCUGCCGCACAUCUUUAAUCUUAAAAACUUGUAUGGCAUUUCUGAUUAUGGAGGGGCACUGUCUGCAUUUUUCGACGGUUUGUCAGAUGGGUCUUCGGCGUGGUAUCCUGCAUCGCAUAUCGUGGCAUCCCUUUGUGUGGGUGUGCGUGAAUUUGACCAAAUUUCAAACAACGCUUGCAACAUGGGCAAUAGGAUGUUGCUCAUCGUGCUAUUAUCGCUGGACCCACAUAUUUAUCGUCUUUCUUGUGCAGAGGUAGCAGGGGCUCAGCUGGAAGCCACACCGAUGUCGGCGACAGAUUCUUUGAAUGAAUUCAAGCCUGAUGUAGCGCCAUUUGUUGAGAACCACCAAUGUCGGGUGUUGCUCGAGUUCUUCAUAUUUGGAAUUUACUUAAAUGAUAUGGAGCGAGCCAUCAAAUGUAUCGAUUCUGGCGUGUUCGUGGAUAUAGUUACCGUUUUCCUGGAUACGACUCCGAUUAAGGAGAGCGGCACCGUGAUCAAGAUAUUGGAAUUGUUGCUUCGUGUGUUCUUGUUUAGUAACAAUACAUUAAGCAAGCUGUGGUACGACAUCUUGGACUAUGAGGUGCUUUGCAAACGUGCUGCUGAAGACCGUUCGCGUGUACCGUUUACGGGCACUGUUGACGAACAAGUUUACAGGCCACCUGGUCGCUCUUUGAUAGAACUUUUAACGCUAUUGCGCCGGUUUGAAUCAUCUGAAAACAAGCGCUACGCUUUCCAAGCUUGGAAGAGUUGUGCGGAAGCUUACCGUUCUCUUAUUCCCAGCGUCAAUUGUCAUUUGUACAAGCACGUGUUUGACAAUCCAAUGUACAACUGCAGUGAAACCAACGCCGUGGACAAGAAACUGGUAGAGCGUCUGUUAGUGCCAUGCGAUGGAUUUAGCUGGUGGGAGCGCAACAGUGCUUUGUUGGAUUUGGUCACAUUAGCGGCUGGAGACCAGAAUAUAUAUGUAGAGACGUAUCCCCGUCUGUUGACAACGUUGCUCGACUUUGCUCUAUACCUCUCUACGAUAGAGGAUGUUGACGGUGAAUGUGGCGGACAUAUCGUGGGUCGUUUUUUGAACACUGGUGCCUCCCGUGAGCUUCGUUUUCCGUUUUUGUUGGAGCGUCUUAUUUCUCAGAUAGGAAGUUUAACGAAAGGAUGUUAUGAUACUCUUCCUGGUUUUAUUUACGAAAGGUUACUGGCACGUGACGAUCAGAUCGAGACAGCGGAAGCAGCCCUCGUGAUCGCUUCAACAAUUCAAUCGCAACAUUCUCAGCAAGGUUUGAAUGUAGGUCAUUGUUUACGCAAGAUGUACACAUUCCCAUUGAUCAGUGGCAUCCCUGAGGUUAAGAUUGCUCUAAGUACACUGGGUCUUGGUGGUCGUUGCCCCUUCGGUCUCAUUGAAACAUCAAUCGUUGCUUUCAAGCUGAUAUCUCAAUGUGAUCGUAUUCCUAAGGGCGUGCAGCUGCGUGACACCCCUGAGUUGUAUUUGGAUGUGAACAUUCAACAUAAAAUGGGAUCUGAGGACCAAAGUUUCUUAAAUUCUGUCUUCAGUAUAUUGUCUCGUAGCCACAUGGACGGUCUUGAGAUGCUCACAUCGUCUGUUUUGUCGAGUUUGUGUUCUAAUCAUAUCAAAGACUCUGCCACUGCUUCUGCGGCACUCCUUCGUAUUUCUGAGCUUCUACGUGACUCCAAGGGGAGGGCCAAUCGUGGUUUCGUGGACACUGGGUACCGUUUGAGUGUCGAGGAGUUGCGUGCUUAUGUGAAUUGUGUCCGUAUUUUGUUCGUCUAUCUGCCUCGUGGUGAGCGUUUUAGCCACAGCGGAACUGAUUGGUUGCACCGCCUCGUAGAAUUUGCGAUUUGGAUCUUGGAUACUCACUGCUUUCGCAACGAAUGUGUACAUUGGGGGUUGAUUGGUGAUGUUUUCGACUUCCUUGAGGAGGUAGUGAAAGGCCCGUUUGGAGGUGGUAAUGCAAGCAAGGCUAGCCAAUAUUUGCUUGAGCAAUUCUUGCAGCCUGCCAGUAGUAUUUGUGUGUCCUUGGUACGUGCAGCUUGGGAAUCCAACAUCUUAUCAGCUAUAUCGAUAAUUUGCAUCCUUUUCAAGCGUGAUAUUUUGUUGGUUCUAGCCCAUCGAGCUGCGAUGUUCAUGUAUACCAACCGCGAAGGUAGCCACUGCCCUAAUUGCAGCUUGCCCUACGUCAAAGACUCUGAGUUGCGUCGUAACUCGAUUGAUGGCCAUAUGGAUGUGGAUGCUCCUUCAGGUCCUUUAAACUGGUGGUCCAGCAAGAUUCGUAAGAUCAAUAGUAUCUUUUCAUCUAUUCAUUCUCGUGCUUCAUCUAUUUCCCAGAACACAUGUGAAUGCUUACAACUUGACAUGCAACCUUUAUCCCUUCUGAUGGCUCAUGAUGCUGUUAUCGAGGCGAUGAACACAUUGCAUUCAAAAGGUGAUUGUUCUAUUGACUUGACAAAACAUUGCGACUUUCUCGGUUUUUUCAAAUCAUCGGCUUCUGAUGAGCUUCGUAUGAAAUCUGUCUAUCUUCUGCUUCAACUUCAGGAGCGUGUAGGCAUCGAAUCAUUGUUUGUGUCCGGCAAGGUAUUGAAGGAGUUACAGACUUACUACAGUCUGCUACAUCCUUGUGAGGAAUUUCCCACUUACGUUAUGUACCAGGACAUGGAAUCUGAAGAUAUGUUGUUGUACAAUAAGGUGGCCUCAGUGGUCACUAAUUUUAAUCGCAUGGACAGUUGCGAACAUUUCUACUACUGUAUGAGCCACUUGUGUGACUUGAAUCGUUGUGGUAUCGACAGCUUGGUUUUGUUUUUGUUGAAGCAGUGCUCGAUAAAAUCAUCGUUGGCUAAUUCUGAGAACAAUUUUGGUUACCAGCUGCUUGGUCGUGACAAUGAGAUCAUUUCCCUGAUAAGGUUGGCUUCUGGUGGAGGUGAGCUUUGGCAGUUUCACGAUUGGCGUCGCAUGGAUGCAUUAGCUUCUCUGCUUUUGUUUGCGAAAUCUUCCCAUCAUGUUCUUAAGCUCGUGGCUAAGCAUUGGCGUUCGAUCGACGACGAUACUAGGAAAUUAGACUUUGUACAUCUUUCCUACGAAUCUUAUAUCAUGCAAUGUCAACGUUUGUCAUACCUGUUGCAACUGUUGGUCUUAAUAGCAGAACGCAGCAGUGAAGGCGUGAUCUUUGGGGACUCAUCGCACUUUCUGAAGAUUUAUUAUCGCUUAGUUAAGAUCAUGUGUGAUAUGACACGGUCGAUGCAUGAUGAAUUGGAUUCUUUGGUUCGUUCUGCAAUCCUUGGCAAAGGCUUGGACGUGAAAGUGUUCUUGAACAUGUGGAAGCAUGCGUCAUUCCCGUCAAAUGUAUGCUUGACGUUCGACCUCCAGCUUGCCACCAAACUCCUUAACCCUCAGUCGUGUGACCAUGUGCAGAAGGAGAUGAAUGUUUACGCGUUGCGUGUGAACUUAUCGAAUAUGGUGCUGACUUCUUCAACUGCGUUGAUCACGUCUAUAUUAAGGUUCAUUUCACAUUGCAAAAAGCUCAACGUACAAGGCAUCUCUGAGAAAUCGCGAAGUUGGCUCGAAUUUGCAUCUGCUGAAUUUGAUCCUGAUGAAACAUCUGAGUUGAAACUUGCUCUUCAGAUCGCCUUGAUAAAGCAGCUGGGUCAUUUAUGGAUAGAGAGCAACGUCGACUUGCAUGCCAACAACUCUCUUUUGUCGAUUUCUAUAAUAUUGAAGCUCUUGUCAUUUAUCCUGACCCACGAGACGUCAUCACAGCUUCGUAGUAAGGUAUACGCUUGCGUAAAUCUAUUCUUCACGAACCAUCUACGUCAUAAUGGCCCAACUGUAUCUGAGCUUGUGGUUGCACACCUCCUUAGCAAUUCAUCUGAUGCGCCCAUUUCUUCCAUGAGUGACCGUUCAACGUUAUUACAGUUACUCUGGUCAGACGUUACAACCUCGUGUAACGGUGACGGCUUCAAUGCCGAUGGCAUGGAUUUUGGAAAAUCGAAUCUGGAUGAUGAAAAUGUCAUGGCUGGAGCUUCUGGUGCAGCUUCCGGACCCAAUCGGGAACGCCCAGGCCAUGUCACACCCAAAGGUUGCUACAGUUCUCCGGGUAUUUACGCCAACUAUGAUUCAAACGGCCUUACCCAGCUUUUUGUGGGCCAGGAUUACGGUUUUGUGGAUCUCCGAGAAGAUUACGACAUAGACUUGCACCAGCUUAUCAGCCUUGAACGGAUACACGGUAACGAAAGGCUCUUUAUCGCUGUUGAUUGUGGUGUACGUACAGACUACCGUGUGGAAGCUUUAACGCUGCUGAAUUCUAUAUUAAGCGCAUUGCACAAAUUUGAGGCGGGGGCGGUUGAAUACGAAUUGGGUACGGUCAGUUACGGUUCUCUUGGUGUCAUAAGCGCAUCAUGUGUAUCUUCGUUGUUACAACAACGUUUACUUGGAUUUAAGCGUUGCAAACAAUGUUUGCUUCAUUCGCUAUGUUGCCCGUUGUGUCUUAAGUUGCUUACGGGUACUGCGAGAGUUCUGAAGGCGGCCAGUGGUCUGCAACAGUUUUCUACCUUUUGGUUCCACGUGCAGCCUACGUCACCUGAUACAUGUUUGGUUGAUUUGUUUUUGUCUUGUGACCUUCUGUUAGGCUUCUCUGAGUGUGAAAGUUUCCCUACGGAAUUGUUUCAUCCGUUUAUUUCUACUUUGGAGAAUCUGCUGUGCAUGCCAUCUGUUAAAAGCCGCAACGCCUUGAUCAAGUGGCUGAACCGUCAUUCGGAACUUUUGGGUUCUUGUAUGUCCCUCAACCUUCGCAGCGCUUCUUCUGAUGACGAAGUGUCUCUUGUCUCUAGCUUGCUGCGCAUAUACCGCAUUUGCCUGUUGUGGUUACUUGCUGAAUACAGGCGCGCUAAUUUUCAAUCGGAGCCACUGAACAACUUUAGUUUGAUAUUGGCUGACUUGCAGUGCAAGUUUCCGCUGGCGAUGACAAUGCCACGUUCCGUUCCAGCUUUGUUGGAUACGCUUACUAUGGAGUUGUCCACCUCGAGCGAUUGUUGCUGGCAAUGUAUUUUGCUAGGUCUUCAGAGUAUUUUCCCCGAGUUGGGUGCUUUUGAAUCGGAUCUUGACUUUUCUGGCCAGACUCCUAUCAAGGCUUUAGCCGUUGAGAAGGCAGCCACAGUGGCAACAGUUCUGACCCGUUGCGGUUCUGCUUUGCUGUCCUUCAUCAACCAUCUGAACAUGUUGGAUCCCACGAUGAGGCGAAAAUCAUUGGGUCGUUUCGCUCUGCGUAUUGCAACUGUGGAAUGCGCUGCUAUGCUCCUAGAAUACAUUUUGGCCUUGGUUGCGACCCAGGGGUCUGCUGGAGGCCCGCCUCAAAUAUUGCUCGGUUUAUCUGCAACGGAAACUACGAAGGACAUACUUGACAAAAAGGAUAUGACCGAGGAUGCGAAGACUUUGCUACGACCAUCUGAUGGAGCUGCCACUUCUGUCUUGGUGCCUAAGCUGAGGAAGUUCGUUGACUUAUCAAGGGUUGAGCUGUUACUUGACAAUAUAGCGCGGUUGUGUGGAGACAAUGGCGUGAGAUUAACAGAUUCUGUGGGAUCUAGGCGCAAGCAUGUUUUCGGCGACCAGCUGGUGGAGUACUUGGCUCCCUACGACCUGGAGCACGUGCCAUCUUUUGGAAAUGUGCAACAAUAUACGUAUUCCUAUACUACGUUGUACGGUCUUCUUCUUUCUAGCAUCUGUAAUCUUGCUAUUGUUUUGGAGCGGUAUUAUGGUUGCAAGUUUUCUUCCCCAUUGUUAUCGCGGGAGCACUUAAAGCAGUGA